UGGUAACCAAACGCGUGGAUCGACGAAGUUGAAGCGGUGCGAUCCCAGUCGUGAUAGGAACAGUCUCACAAUUGCCUCCUUCGAGCAACAUGCGACUGGGCUUGCUCGUCCCGCUCGCCCAUGCCGCUUUCGCCCAGACCAUCACCUUUCCCAACACGACGGUUGUUGCAACGACGGUGCCAGCACCGUCGCCACCGCCAGCCGCACCAACGAGCACACCAGGAACGACCCCGCCGGUGAUGACGGCGCUUUUGCGAACAGUAACGCCGACGCCGUGGUCGGCAGCCCCAACGACCGAUGCUGCUAUAGUCGCCGUCGAGGCGACUCCCUCGAUCGCACCGCUCUCGGUCACGGAAGCGCCGCCCAAAAUGGCUCCCAUCGGAACGCGUCCAAUCGUGGCCUUGCCGUCGAACCCAACAACUGCUCCGAUUUUCAAACCGCAAGAGAGCGUGGCCACGCCAGUGCCAAGUCCGGCGAGUCCAUCUAUGGAGCCAAAAGGUGUCGGUGGCGGUGUCCUCGGUGUCGUUGGUGGUGUCAUCGCCGCCGUCGGACUGCUCGGCGCCUGCAUCAUGCUCGGCAUGCACGCCAAGCACCGUCUGGCGACGAUGAGCAACGAAAAAAGCCCGAGUGGGUCGCCGCCGAUCUGGACGCCGUUCGACGACGCGAUUGAAGCGUCGAUCACACGCCUCGAGUCGACGCUCCUCGGCUCCCAGCGCUUGUCGCAGCUCGUGGACGCCAACCCCUCAGCGAUCGUCGAAGCGUCGCCGGUUCAGCGGUCGUCGCUCGUGUUUGAGAGCUCGCGCGGGUCCAUCAGCGUCGACACGACGCACCGCGGGAGCUACGGCGGCGUCGCGCUCCGUGUCCCAAGCCUCUUGGACCACCCUCCCGAGACGUACGAGAUGCGCCUCUCGAUCAUGGCAGCGCGGGCGUCGGAACCCGCUCUCGAUGCCACUGGGAAGCCACUUCCCCGCGAGAUGACCUUUUAGCGUCCUCUUUGCGUGUUUAUUUAUCGUUGAUUCUAUCCGUAUUUUUGAUUCUUCCCA